AUGGGUAGAUAUGAAGAAUCACUGGAUGAUUUAAAUAAAUCAUUAGAAAUCUGUCCAAAUGGUACUAUAGCAUUGAAUUAUCGUGCAUUAACUUAUCAACAUUUGGGAAGAUAUAAAGAAUCACUUGAAGAUUUAGAUAAAUCAUUAGAAUUAUGUUUAUCAGCUCAUUCUAGAAAUUCUAUUAAAACCC